GCCAACAAGAAGCCAGGGCUGUCCGUCCUACAACCAGAAGGAAAGGAUUUCUGCUAACACCCUGAGUCGUCCUGGAGACAGAGUCUUCCUUAGUCUCUAGAGAGAACAGAGUCUGAUGGAUGCUUUGCUUGCAGCCUUAUAAGACCCUGAGCCGAAGACCAAGCUAAGUUGAGUGGUGAUUUUAUGCAAUGGCUUCAAGCCACAGUUCACCAGUGCCUCAAGGAAGCAGCAGUGAUGUUUUCGUUAAAAAAGAGGUAGAUCCAACAAAACACAUUCGACCUGUGCAGUCACUGCCAGAUGUGUGUCCCAAGGAACCCACAGGUGAUUCACACAGUUUAUGUGUUGCCCCAUCUCUAGUUACAGAUCAACACAAAUGGACUAUAUAUCAUUCCAAAGUAAAUCUCCCAGCAGCAUUAAAUGAUCCUAGAUUAGCAAAAAGAGAAUCUGACUUCUUCACAAAAACAUGGGGAUUGGACUUUGUGGACACUGAAGUCAUACCUUCAUUCUACCUCCCACAGAUCAGCAAGGAACAUUUUACAGUAUAUCAACAGGAAAUCUCUCAGAGAGAGAAGAUUCACGCAAGAUGCAAGAAUAUUUGUCCUCCUAAAGAUACCUUUGACAGGACUCUCUUACAUACUCAUGAUAAAUCCAGGACAGAUCUGGAGCAAGUACCUAAGAUUUUUAUGAAACCAGAUUUUGCCUUGGACGAUUCUUUAACUUUUAAUUCAGUUUUACCAUGGUCUCAUUUUAAUACUGCUGGUGGAAAAGGAAAUCGUGAUGCAGCUUCCUCAAAGUUGCUACAAGAAAAGCUGAGCCAUUACCUGGAUAUUGUGGAAGUAAACAUUGCUCACCAGAUCUCUCUACGUUCAGAAGCGUUUUUUCAUGCAAUGACCUCUCAACACGAAUUGCAGGACUACCUCAAGAAAACUUCCCAGGCUGUAAAAAUGCUUCGAGAUAAAAUUGCACAGAUUGAUAAAGUAAUGUGUGAAGGAUCACUACACAUUUUAAGACUGGCACUUAGCAGAAAUAAUUGUGUUAAAGUGUACAAUAAACUGAAGUUAAUGGCCACUGUACACCAGACUCAACCUACAGUACAGGUGUUGUUAUCUGCUUCUGAAUUUGUUGGAGCAUUGGACUUAAUAGCAACAACACAAGAGGUUUUACAGCAGGAACUUCAGGGCAUUCACAGCUUCCGGCAUUUGGGAUCACAGCUUUGUGAAUUAGAAAAACUGAUAGAUAAAAUGAUGAUUGCAGAAUUUUCUACUUAUUGUCACAGUGACUUAAAUAGACCACUGGAAGAUGACUGUCAAAUUUUAGAAGAGGAAAGACUAGUAUCUCUUGUAUUUGGACUUUUAAAACAAAGAAAACUUAAUUUUUUAGAAAUCUAUAGUGAAGAAAUGAUUAUUACGGCAAAGAAUAUCAUUAAACAGUGUGUGAUUAAUAAAGUUUCACAAAUAGAAGAACUAGACACAGAUGCUGUUACGAAGCUCGCAGAUCAGAUGAGAAUGUUGAAUUUUCCUCAGUGGUUUGAUCUGCUAAAGGAUAUUUUCUUUAAGUUUACAGUUUUCCUACAGAGAGUUAAGGCAACGUUAAAUAUCAUUCACAAUGUUGUUCUCUCAGUUCUUGACAAAAACCAAAGAACUAGAGAAAUGGAGGAUAUUUUGCAGCAGAAGAAUGCUGCAAAGGAUAAUUCACUGGACACAGAGGUGGCAUAUUUAAUCCACGAAGACAUAUUUAUAAGUGAUGCAUUCAGUGAGAGUGAAUUAACACCUAUAACAAGUGACACUACCUCUCAAAGAAAUGCAUCUCCAAAUAGUGAGCCCUGCAGCAGUGAUUCGGUAUCUGAACCAGAAUGUACUACUGAUUCUUCAUCCAGCAAAGAGCAGACAUCAUCAUCAGCUAUUCCAGGAGGUGUGGACAUUAUGGUGAAUGAAGACAUGAAAUUAACUGACUUAGAACUAGGGAAGCUGGCAAAUAAUAUCCAGGAGUUACUGUAUAGUGCCUCAGACAUAUGCCAUGAUCGAGCUGUCAAAUUUCUCAUGUCAAGAGCAAAGGAUGGUUUUCUUGAGAAGCUAAAUUCCACGGAAUUCAUAACACUUUCUAGGUUAAUGGAAACAUUCAUUUUAGACACUGAACAGAUCUGUGGAAGAAAAAGCAUGUCAUUACUUGGAGCACUUCAGAGCCAAGCUAAUAAAUUUGUAAAUAGGUUUCAUGAAGAGAGAAAAACCAAGCUCAGCCUCCUUUUAGACAAUGAGCGCUGGAAACAAGCUGAUGUUCCUGCAGAAUUUCAGGAUCUUGUUGAUUCUCUGUCAGAUGGAAAGAUUGCUUUACCUGAAAAAAAGUCAGGGGCUAAAGAAGAAAGGAAACCAGCUGAAGUUCUCAUUGUUGAGGGACAACAGUAUGCUGUUGUUGGAACUGUACUGUUGUUGAUAAGAAUUAUCCUUGAAUAUUGCCAGUGUGUGGAUAAUAUCCCAUCUGUUACUACUGACAUGCUUACUCGUCUGUCAGAUUUAUUGAAGUACUUCAAUUCAAGAAGUUGUCAGUUAGUUCUUGGAGCUGGUGCACUGCAAGUUGUUGGACUAAAAACAAUAACUACAAAAAAUUUGGCCCUUUCUUCACGCUGUUUGCAGUUAAUUGUGCACUACAUUCCUGUGAUCCGGGCUCAUUUUGAAGCCCGGCUGCAGCCUAAGCAAUAUAGCAUGCUUAGGCAUUUUGAUCAUAUCACUAAGGAUUACCACGACCACAUAGCUGAAAUAUCAGCUAAGCUUGUAGCGAUAAUGGAUAGCUUAUUUGACAAGCUGUUAUCUAAGUAUGAGGUGAAAGCUCCUGUUCCUUCUCCCUGUUUCAGGAAUAUUUGUAAGCAAAUGACAAAAAUGCAUGAAGCUAUAAUUGACCUCCUUCCAGAAGAGCAAACACAAAUGCUAUUUUUAAGAAUUAAUGCAAGUUACAAACUCCACUUGAAAAAGCAGUUGUCUCAUUUAAAUGUGAUAAAUGAUGGAGGACCUCAAAAUGGGUUGGUCACAGCAGACGUAGCUUUUUACACUGGAAAUCUUCAAGCCUUAAAAGGCCUUAAAGAUUUGGACCUAAAUAUGGCUGAGAUCUGGGAACAGAAGAGGUGAUGACAUACUGGAAAACUGGGUAGCCUAACCAUAGGAUGUAUGUGUUUAAGAAAAUGUGGAUGCCUGUGAUUCAAGAACUGAACCUGGAACCCAAGUGAACUGGGGUAGGAAAAGGGGAAAAGGAAAAGUAUCAGUGAUGGGAAGCUGGGAUUCAGUGGGAUCUACAAGGAAUGCCAGUUUUAUGCUUCCUUCAGUGAGGAAUAACUGAUCAGGUGUCUAUAUUUUUCAUUCUCUCUGGAAACAGACUCAGGUUUCUUUGGACCAAAUCCAAAAGAACACAUAGCUGUAACACAGCUGUAGUUGACUAGAAUGCUCUGUAUACUUUAUAUUAAAAAAUGCUUUGCAUUUCUUCCAGUGCAAUGAAAUUCAUAUGGUGUCCCACCUUUAUUUAAUGAUGGUACAAUUUAAAAUAUUAAAAUCUUAGUCAAUCUCUGUAGAAAGUUUUCUCUAUGAAAGUAAAACUGUUUGAAAAUUAUUUUUUUACAGAUCUUUCUAUAAAAAAAUAAACAUCUUUUGAUUGCUUGGAUUUAGGAAGUCUUUUUUCAGUGACCAAGGCCAAGGUUUAGGCUGUGUGUGCUGCAUAUUUAAUCUUUCUACAACCACUGGGUGAAGCUUCCAGAACAGUCUAAAUACUUGAAAGGAUGAUCACAAGUAAUAAAGAAUAAGGUAUUAGUGUUCAUUUAUGAGCUAAUUUAAAUACUUUUCAGAAGUGAUCUAUGAAAGCCUGCAGUUUAAUAGUUGUAUUUUUAUAAAAAAUAUGAAGUGGUUUUUUUGCCUUUUUUAUUUCUAGCAGAGGUAAGAAUACAUUUUUAUAUAUUCUGCCUACUUAUGAGUUUUCAUUUUAACAUGUAACAUAUGCAGUGUGGCUCCCUUGGGUUCUUGUUUUUAAGUUACUUUCGAUGUGUAUAUGAACAAAGACCAGGGAGAAAUAGAAAAUAUAAGCUGCUGUGUUGGGGCCAGAAAUACAAGGUGAUGAGUAAGUUAUUUAAAGACUUUUUUUUUAAAUCCUCACCUGAGGAUGUUCAUUGAUUUUAAAGAGAGAAAGGGAAAGAAAAAGAAUGUGUGUGUGUGGAGGGGGGAGGGAGACAUAAAUUGGUUGCUUUUCAUUCACGCCCCAAACGGGUACUGAACCUGCAAUCUAGAUAUGUGCCCUGUCCGGGAAUUGAACCCACAACCUUUUGGUGUAUGGGAUGAUGCUCCAACCAACAGAGCCAUACCGGCCAGGGUAAACCUUAUAAGUUACCUUCAAAAUAGAAUCAGCAGCAUGCUACAAAUGAAAGUGCCUGUGUCUCACCUCACACCAGGAAUCUUGCCUAACCCUAUCAGAGUGCCUAACUUUGUAGUGAUUAUGUACAAUGAAAUAGCCUUAUUUUGUGCUCUUUGAUCUCCUAAAAGGAAAGCCUGUUUUCUUUCCUUUAUCAUUACAGAGGUAUGUCAUUGGUUCUUAACUGUCUGUCUAAAAUAAAGCUGUAAACAAUUACCAGACUUUAAAAGACUUUUUUAAUAGUAUACUGUAAACUUUAAACAAGCAGCCUACUGAAAAACAAGUAUGGAAGAAUUGGAAAAUGUAAUUGAUUCUUAAAGAAAAGCAACAAAUUACACUAUUAGUAGACCUGAUUUGAAAGGCUAUUCAAGAACAUUUUUCAAUGAUAAGCAAGCUUCAAGGAAAGGGAACUUUUGAAAAAGUUAUACCCCCACCCAUUAUACUAGAGAACAAGGAUGUGAAAGAAAUGCCCUACCUCUACCCACCCCAGCUCUUUCAGCUGGGAAAAGAAACACCACUUUGUUUCAAUAAAUGGAGCGCCUGUGGAAAAGCAUGGCAGGCACCCCAGUUUUAGAACUAAAUGAAAGGUACUAAUAAAUACCUUCAAAUGUAAUUCCUAUGGAAAUAAUGAUGUGGUUAAGAUUCUUAGAAAUGCAAAAACUUGAUUUUUUAGGUAACUGGCCAGUGAAUAUAAAUAUUCUAAGAAUAAAGCUUCCAACUGAUAAAGUAACUAUUUAGCAAGAGUAUACCAUUUUUCUUCACCAUUUCAUAAAGUUAACAUUGAAAAGUAUAAGUGUACACAUGUAUUGCUUCACAGCUUUAUUUUUGAAAUCACAAGCAAUUCAAAGUGACCAUCAUUGAGGCCUCUGUUAAAAGAUUUCCCAGCAGAGCUGCCCCAGUUUUAAGAUUAAACAAUAUUGCACUUUAAGAUGAACUUCCAGGAUCCUCUUC